CAACAGUAGAUGAGCAUAAGAAAUGCCGAGCGGAGGGUUAGAAAAGAGGAACUGAGCUGCCCUUGUUACUUCUGGAACGAUAUCCCCAGGACGGCAUGGACUCCACAGCUGUGAUGAUGUCAUGAUCAUGUGAUCACACACGGCACGGUUAGAACCGUCUGAACAAGGCAAACGAAGCAACGCUCUUUAUCAAGAUCUCAAAAUGCUUGCUGGAAUGGAAGACCUGCUCCUGUUACCCAGAGAGGUGGUAAAAGAUAUGGCUAAAGAUGUAACGUACAUCUGUCCAUUUACUGGAGCCAUCCGGGGGAGUUUCACAGUUACAAACUACAGACUGUACUUUAAAAGUUUGGAGCGGGAGCAUCGCUUGAUAUUGGAUGCCCCUUUGGGAAUCAUAAGCCGAAUUGAAAAAAUUGGAGGAGCUGCAAGUCGAGGAGAAAAUUCACAUGGGAUAGACAUUGUAUGCAAGGAUAUGCGAAACUUGAGAUUUGCCUACAAGCAAGAUGGACACACUCGGAAAACUGUGUUUGAGAGCCUUGUGUCGUAUGCUUUCCCAUUGAAUAACAAUUUGCGUUUGUUUGCCUUUGAAUACAAAGAAGCUUUUGUGGAAAAUGGCUGGAAGGUGUAUGACCCUAUACUAGAGUACAGAAGACAGGGGGUACCUAAUGAGAGUUGGAGAAUUACAAGAAUAAAUGACCGUUACGAUCUUUGUGACACCUAUCCAGCGACUCUCGUUGUCCCAGUAACCAUGUCUGAUGAUGAACUGAGGCGGGUGGCCGCAUUCAGGGCGAAUGGACGUUUACCAGUCUUGUCUUGGAUUCAUCCAGAAAGUCAGGCUAGCAUCAUACGCUGCAGUCAGCCUACACCAGGAGUCAAUGGGAAGAGAUGUAAAGAAGAUGAGAAGUACCUCCAGUCCGUCAUGGAUGCCAAUGCGCAAUCCCAUAAAAUCUUAAUUUUUGAUGCUAGGGCUAGUGCCAAUGCUGUGGCCAAUAAGACUAAAGGAGGAGGAUUUGAGAGUGAAGAUGCAUAUCAGAACGCAGAGCUGAUCUUUCUGGACAUCCACAAUAUUCAUGUAAUGAGAGAAUCUCUAAGGAAACUGAAGGAGAUCUCCUAUCCUAUCAUUCAGGAAUCGCACUGGCUGUCUAAUCUGGAGUCUACGCACUGGCUGGAGCACAUUAAGUCCAUCCUGGCCGGAGCCCUGCGGAUAGCUGACAAAGUGGAAUCUGGGAAGACCUCAGCGGUUGUUCACUGUAGCGAUGGUUGGGACCGCACUGCACAGCUCACUUCUCUCGCCAUGCUCAUGCUGGACGGUUACUACCGCACCAUUCGCGGCUUCGAAGUUCUGGUGGAGAAGGAAUGGCUCAGCUUUGGCCACAGGUUCUAUCUUAGAGUUGGCCAUGGUGACAAGAACCAUGCGGAUGCUGACAGGUCCCCGGUGUUCCUGCAGUUCAUUGAUUGUGUUUGGCAAAUGACGAGGCAGUUUCCUCAUGCGUUUGAAUUUAAUGAACACUUUCUGCUAACUAUUCUGGAUCACCUUUACAGCUGCUUGUUUGGAACCUUCCUGAGUGACAGUGAGCAGCAAAGACUACAAGAGUCCGUGCCAGAAGAGACGGUCUCCUUGUGGUCUUACAUCAAUGGUCAACUUGAAGACUUUACUAAUCCUCUGUUUGUGGAUUACUCUGACCAUGUCUUGUCCCCAGUGACCAGCACUAGGCACCUUCAGCUCUGGGCAGAAUAUUACGUAAGGUGGAACCCAAGGACUAAGCCACAUGAUGCUAUCAACAGCCGCUGUAAGGAUUUGCUUGCUAAGCGAGUGGAGCUGCAGAAGAAGUUGGAAGAGCUUCAGCAAGAGAUGAGUAACCGAUCUGUGUCCUCUGACCGAGUAGGAUCUGUGCAGUCCGUCACCCAGACUGUCGUUUAACUCGUCCUAUUCAUUUGGGACCAACGCUCACCUUAAGUCUUAAGAGCCCCAUGUGCUUAUGGUGGUCAGGCUGCUGAGCAUUGUCUGUAGGAUCCUGUGCCCCAAAAUAGUUCUAUAUGCACUGAUUAGACUAAAUGGAAUUGCGGUGGGAUUUAUCGGCACAGUUUAACAUGAAGGGUAGUGGGUUAGAUCUUGCCAUGAUCAUGCCAAGAUUAUUGUGUGCUUGAUAAUUUAUUAGCUACUGACUUUUUUGGAAAUAACUUGCUGUUUUAUUUUUAAAUAUGAACUGUUUGGU